CCCAGCUCGGCUCUCGGGACUCUCGGAGCAGCAGCGUGGGGCGGCGGCGGCGGGGGAGGCGGCGGCCCGGGCGAGGGGCGGCUCAGGCCCAGACCCAGGACAUGGCUUCCUCCUCAGCUGAGACGAUGGAGCAGCUGCGGCAGCGGGUCCGGGAGUUGGAGCAGGAGCUGGCACUGGAGCUAAGCCGGCGAGCCUCGGGAGGCAAAGCCGGGGGAGAUCUAGGCAGCAGCGGCGGAGGCCGGGCCCGCAUCGACAAGAUGAGCUCCGAGGUGGUGGAUUCCAACCCGUACAGUCGUCUGAUGGCAUUGAAACGAAUGGGAAUUGUGAAGGAUUAUGAGAAAAUCCGAACCUUUGCUGUAGCAGUAGUAGGUGUUGGUGGAAUUGGUAGCGUAACUGCUGAAAUGCUAACGAGAUGUGGCAUUGGUAAGCUAUUACUAUUUGAUUAUGACAAAGUGGAACUGGCCAACAUGAACAGACUUUUCUUCCAGCCCCAUCAAGCAGGAUUAAGCAAAGUUCAAGCAGCAGAGCAUACUCUACGGAAUAUUAAUCCUGAUGUUCAUUUUGAAGUUUAUAAUUAUAAUAUCACUACAGUGGACAAUUUUCAACAUUUCAUGGAUAGAAUAAGUAAUGGUGGCUUGGAAAGUGGAAAACCUGUUGACCUAGUUCUGAGCUGUGUGGACAACUUUGAAGCUCGAAUGGCAAUUAAUACAGCUUGUAAUGAACUUGGGCAAACAUGGAUGGAAUCUGGGGUCAGUGAAAAUGCAGUAUCAGGGCAUAUCCAACUUAUCAUUCCUGGAGAAUCUGCUUGUUUUGCGUGUGCUCCUCCACUGGUAGUUGCUGCAAAUAUUGAUGAAAAGACACUAAAAAGAGAAGGAGUUUGUGCAGCUAGUCUUCCCACUACUAUGGGAGUGGUUGCUGGAAUUCUUGUACAAAAUGUGUUAAAAUUUCUAUUAAAUUUUGGUACUGUGAGUUUUUACCUGGGUUAUAAUGCAAUGCAGGAUUUCUUUCCCACCAUGUCCAUGAAGCCAAAUCCUCAGUGUGAUGACAGAAACUGUAGGAAGCAACAAGAAGAAUAUCAGAAAAAAAUUGCAGCUCUACCCAAACAAGAGGUUGUUGAACGACAUGAAGAAGAAAUACUGCAUGAGGACAAUGAUUGGGGUAUCGAGUUAGUAUCUGAGAUUUCAGAAGAGGAGCUUAAAGAUGCUUCUGGUCCUGUUCCUGAUUUGCCUGAGGGAAUUACAGUAGCAUACACAGUUCCAAAAAAGGUAGAAGAUGCCCUGCCUGGCAGGGAAUCAGUGGAAGAUUCUGGGGAAAGUUUGGAAGAACUUAUGGCUAAGAUGAAGAAUAUGUAGCCUGGAGCUGGUUUGUUUUACUUUCUGCCUUCUGGGAAAAUGGAAUAAAUUAACUUUAAAAGAGCUGAAAAUGUCUGCAUCACUAGUAAAAUGUAAGGUAGCAUCCUGUGAUAGGUAGUCUUUAUUGAUACCAUGUCUUCCUCUUUGAAUUGAGAACCUUGAUUUGAUUUCUUUUAUUCACUGGAAAAGUGCUCAGACUAUGAAAAAGGAACUGUAAGAGGCUGGCAUUUUUUUCAGAUCCAGCUCCUGAGACAAAGUUUUGGGUCCCAAACAAGAAAGUCAAAGUAAAUGUCAUGCUCUGGGAUAGAAACUGUGUGUAGAAACCGUCACUACGUUAGGAUUUGGAGGCCAGUUACAAAGAUUAGGGAGUUGUCUUUAUUGUAUCCUGUUCGCAUAUGAUCUAAAGUACUGAAAUUGAAAAUAAAUUUUGUAAAAUUUAAAAAUAUUAGUAUAUGAUGUUGAAAUAAAGGACAAUCAUCAUUAUAAACCAAGAUGGUAGUUCUUGGGAAAGCCACAAGGCGAGUUGGAGAGAAAUCAGUCUUUAAUGCUGUAUCUGAUGGGACAUGAAUAUCUGGUCACUAAAAUGGUAAAACUAUAUACUGGCUAACUCUUUCUUGUAUUCUGGUUGAGUUCUUUCAAUUUAUUGAUUGCUUAUUCUGAUUAAAUCUAAUUUAUCAGCCUUUUAUUUCUUAGUUACCUAAAUAUUAGGGAAAAGAAGUACUGUAUAACUCUGUAUAUAUCCCCUACAUUAAGUUGGCUUUUUCAGUUGGGCACUGUGAUUUAGUUAUCUUGGAUCCCAUUUACUCUUGGAAGAAUUGAAUGUUGACAUUUCAGACUUGCACAGCUUAGAGACAAAAAGCCUUUAAUUGUGAUUGUACUAAGAGGGAUAUUUAACUAGAAAUAACUUGCUGUUUUUACAAAAUAAGAAAUGAGUCUUUUUAAAACAAAUAAUAUAUUGUUUAUGAUUAUACUGGUUCUGUAUUGUUUUUGUUGCUGUUUAAAUCUUGUUUUAAAAAUGUUUCUCUUCUGAUACUGUAAUGACAAUAAUUUUUCAUCUAAUUUUUUUUUUUUUGGCUUUGAAGACCAUAUCUAUAUCUGAACUAUUUCUAGUGAAAGAAAAUGUUGAUAGUUUACUAAUUAAAGACAUGUCACGUGUAAUGUUCAAAAAUUUUUUAACCUGCAGUAAUUUUUUUCCUAAAAGAUAAACUUCAUAUAUUAUGUUUUGAGUGUUUAUCUUUUAAUGUUCUGAGGCUUUAUUGAUUAUCAUCAUAUAAUGAAAAAAGGGCCUACCAUUGUAGCUGUAUUUGUUGGGGGCACUUAUUUCUGUUCCUCAUUUUAUUGUAGUCUCCUUUAGCUCAUAGGAAUAUUGUGAGAAUCAAGUGAUCUCUGUAAAAUGUUUAUUUCCUUGGAAAUUGCUGCAUUGGCAUUGUAAGGUUUUACUUACUUGUUUUUAAAAUAAGAACUUUGAUCUAAUAUGUUCUGACAGUGGAAAAAUAACUGCUUAACAAGGUUUAAUAUAGAUUUUUAAUGCUUUUUGUGUGCACUUGUGAUUUCGUUACUGGAAAGAUUUCUCAGAGUGGAAGCUUCCUUUCACCAUGGAAUGUAUGAGCAGCUGAUCUUUAAUUCAAUCUUAGGUGUCCGUGGGAAUUGAGAGGUUAAGAUUUGUUCAUAUUCAUGCCGCUAUUGUGUGCCUAAAGCAGGUCUGUCUUCUUGAUUUGACUGUCUCAGUCAUUUACUGCAUAAAAUUUCUACAAAUAAAAUAAAUGUUAAUAUAUUAUACUUCAUUCAAACAAA